AUGGAACCGCCCUUCGCCCUCCAGCGAUCCGCUACACUCCCUGGCAGACGCGCAUCAACGGGCAGAUAUAGCCUGGGAUCGCACGAGCUUUCCAGCAGCCCCUCGUCCGCCUCCGAAGAGAUCCUCUACUACAGCCCGUCCGCGAAAAUAUUCAAGUUCGAACUCCCCAACUCCUCCUCGUCCGAACCGAUCCUCCCCGACCUCGACUACCCCGUUGACGCCAUAGAGACGCUGCCAUGGAAGCUGUCGACGGAGCGGAUAGCGUCUAUCGGCUCUCUGCGGAUCGAGAAUGUCGCUGGCUCGGCUACGUUCCUGAAAUCUGGCAGCGUGGUGUACCCUCUGCUCAAGAACAGCCAGUGCUGGUGCGUCGACAAAGUGUCAAGAUUUGUAUUUAGGAUACGGAAACUCACCUAUUACCGCGUUGAGCUGCCGGGCGAGACGGAAGAAGAUAUAAGCCGCGUGGAGAGCUUCAAGGAGGUCCUUUCUAGCAUCAUUCGAUAUGAAAUUACGCCGUGCCCCUUUAAACGCGGGUUCUCUGUCGUCCUGCCAGAAGAAGCCAAAACGCCAAAGAAGAAGAAGGCCUGGCAGCCGAAACGGCAGUCUAUGCCUGCGUUUCUCCCGUUAAACCUGGUUGCCGAAGAUUCUGCUGCCACCGGUGGUCUGGAAUCAACGAGUGAGAGCGGCGGUGACGGCGCGGCGGUUGAUCUAGGCGAAGGUACUCUCAAUGACGAGCCCUUGGAUAAAGGUAUCGAGAAUGACUUGCCCGUUGUGACCGGCGAAGAGCCACUUUCACUUGGAACGGGCGGGAUGCGAUCGGACAGCCGUAGAGUAACCGCGCCUCCCCAGACAUUCCAAUCCCUUGUUGCCAAAUUUCAAGAGUUUCAGGAUGCAAGCGACUCGGAACGUCCAGCCUACGGGGAAGAUAAUGGCCGAAUGUCGAGCUUUGGAUCUUAUCAUACUUGUGAGACAGAGGCUUCUAUAUCUCCCUUGGAUACCCAAUACUUAGACCCUCCUUCGUCAUGGAACUCAUCUCCUACUGAAGAAAGAACAGCGGCGCCUUCGCUGAUAAAUGAUGAAGAAACUACUUUAAACCCAAUCAUGCUACCCGAUUCUGACCCCUUUAUCGACUCAGACAGCAGCGUUGGGGAGAUACCUGAAGAUACAUCGUCUGUCGAGCAGCGUUGCCCCCUCGAGCCAUCAAGCUCCAGCAUGUAUGAGCCAAGUCAUCUCUCGCCAAACGAAGACUACGUCGGGAGAAGUACAGCUGUCGAUGAUCCAGAUCCAGAUCUCCGCCAGCGUCUUCGUAUUAAUCGAAAACGGGAUCUAUCACCGCUCCCGCCUUCUUCCACUCUUUAUUAUCCCUCUGCCCGAUCCCCUGCCAACCACCUCACACACUCAAUCUUACAAAAGACAUGUACAUAUGUCCUUGGCCCACCCGUCCAGUUUCUCAUGCUGCUCCUACGCCUUGCUGCGAGGGUGGCUGUCAACCGGCAAUCCUCGGACUCGGGAAACCUGUCUUCAUACCAACAGGAAGUUGAUGAAUUAAGUGAAGACGAUUUUGGAAUACCGAUCCCAUCCGUGCCUUCAAUGCGACGAGUAAACUCGAACUCGUUGAGCGCUUAUGAUUCUUUGGAUGAGGCAGACUAG